AUGGAUCCCAUCGACCCCAGCCUUCGAGAGCAAUACUUUACUCAAGCACAAGGAUACUCCGAGGGUCAGACAUCUCCAGCCUCCGUCGGUGACUUGGGCCAGGACUUUUACACGUACGGGCAUACGUCCAGCCCAGACAAUCACGGGGGUAUAUUAUCGGCUACAAGCACACCGCCGGGUCAGUCUACACAGCCUACAGAGGGAUACGCAGCAGGUCCUACUGGGGUUCUGGCAUAUGCUGGCCAUCACAACCCAGACUCGUUUCACCCGUUCCAAAGCUCGUUCAUGCCGACAGCCAUCCACGGAACUCAAGGCCACUCGACUGCGGCAUACCAGUUCGGCGGAUCGCCACCACACACGUCCACGGCAAGUGAGCAAGGCGGUAUGCAGCCUGCGGAAGAACACGGUCACGGUACUUUUGCAUUCUUGGAGAAUCAGACUCAGAGUUCUCCACCGCUGGCAGAAUGCCACGUUAGUUCAACGGGCAGCGAUGGCUACACCGUGGCGAUAGCUCGCGGCCAGGUGUCGGAGUACGCCUGUUCAAACUGUGAGGAGACACUGCGCAACAGCGCCGAGCUCAAAAGCCACAAGAAAGUGUGCAAGGCAAACUUCCCUUGUCUCCUCCAGUUCGCCAAGUGCCAAACGACAUUUACCGGGACGAAUGAAUGGAAGAGGCACAUGAAGAGCAUACAUUUUGCCACGGAAAUCUGGGUCUGUACCCUCGGCGCCUGCUCCAUGGUUCAAGAGCCAUUGGCGAUUCCACGCUCACGGGCAUGGAACAAGCUCCGGAAGCCUAUUCCGGAGAACGGACGCAGGUUUACCCGCCUUGACUCGUACAAGACCCAUGUUGACCUCAACCAUCGCGACCUGCUGUCUGUCAUGCCGCCAAGGUCGCAGAAGAAGCUAUCCCCAGAACAGGUGCAGGAAAUCGUCUACAACGAGCCGACAGACAAUCCCGUAGGCUCGCCCGUCCCGCCGGUCAUGUACUGCUUCGCGCCCGGCUGCGACGAGUCCUUUGUGGCUUCGUACGAGGGCGACGUGGACCACUGCAACGGGUUCCUCAACCACAUGUCGGCGGCUCACCUCCGCGGGGGCGCUCCCGUGCCCGACCGGACUCACCCCAGGGGCAAGUGGAUGUUUGACUAUGGCUCCGCCAACGGGUUCCUGCAGGCGGGACGUGACGGGGCCGUCGAGGUGUGCAUGCCGUACGGCAAGUCCAACAACAAGUGCAAGGCGGGUGUGCGGACCGCCCAGCCAUGCGCGGGUCCAUCCAAGCGUAGGAACUGA